GCUCAGCGUGGAAGACGCGUGAAAUCAGCUGUUUGGUGUCCUUUACCUCCAGCUGACGUCGCUACCCCCUACCCCCCACCCUCUACCCCCCUACCCCCCUACCGAGGCGGCUCUCUGCCCGUCCGGUGGGUUCCGGUUCCGACUGUAAGAUCACAAGUAUCGAUCCUGAGAGCGGAGACGCUCGAGUCCCGCUGAAGCAGCGUUCAGGACCAGGAACACAGCGAUCCCGGUCCGUCCUUCUUCUGACGGCCUGGUUCCCCGAGACCCCCGGUACCGGCUCAGAGGAGAAGGAGCAGAGGAUGAGAUGAAUUCAGUGAAAGUGGAAACAGACCAAAGUGAAGAGGAGGAGGAGGAGGCGGCAGCGAAGGAGGCGUGUCCUCAGGGUGCUGCUGAAGGAGCAGCAGUACUGAAGCGGAGCGGCCGUCGGUCCAGUCGGCGUCACAGCUGUUUGGAAUGCGGCCGGGUGUUCUCGCGGCCGUCCCGGCUGGCCGACCACGUGAGCGCUCACUCUGGCGUGAAGCCGUACGGCUGCUCCGUGUGCGGCAAGCGCUUCACCAAGAAGGCCAACGUGGCGACGCACCAGCGGGUCCACACCGGCGAGAAGCCGUACGGCUGCCAGGACUGCGGAGCGAGCUACGCCCAGCCGAGCUGCCUGCGCAGGCACCGGCUCCGGCACGCCGCCGAGAAGCCGCACGUCUGCUCGGCUUGCGGCCGCGGCUUCUUCCAGCGGCGCCACCUGGUCCAGCAUGAGCGGACGCACACCGGGGAGAGGCCCUUCCGCUGCCCGCUGUGCCCUAAGAGCUUCGCCUCUAGGACGGGCUGCGCCGGCCACCAGAAGACCCACGCGGAGGGGAACCUGCACCGCUGCUCCUUCUGCCACAAGGUUUUCUCCACCACGUCCUCCUUCCGGGACCACGAGAGGCUCCACACGGGACAGAAGCCCCACCGCUGCUCGCUCUGCACCAAGAGCUUCAACCGGCCCGGCCUGCUCAGGAAGCACCUGCAGGUCCACGCAGAGGGCAGCAGGCAGCGGGCAGCUGCCCAAAACGACGGCUUCUGGUCUCUGCAGAACCUGGUCUCUGAGCAGAACCAGGAGACACUCAGAUCCACUACGGAGGACCCGGUGAGACACGAGGAGGAGGAGGACCUUUCUACCAGACCUCUACCUGGUGACCACGGUGACCAGGACGUCUCUCUACCUGGUAACCACGGUGACCAGGACGUCUCUCUACCUGGUGACCACGGUGACCAGGACGUCUCUCUGAAGACGGAGGACGUCAGCGGUUUAAUAAACUCUGAUGGAGAGGAAGAGGACUGGAGACCUCUGAGCGAACAAGAUGGCGGCUCAGAGGUGGAGGCCGACAGCAGCAGCGAUGGGAAAAGAAACCACUGCUGUCCUGUUUGUGGUCGAGACUGCUUCAAGGCGUCGGCGCUGAAGAAGCACCUGAGGAUCCACUCCGGCGAGCGUCCGUUCCAGUGCCCCACCUGCAAGAAGAGCUUCACCCAGCAGGUCCACAUGACGGAGCACCGGAGGAUCCACACCGGGGAGAAACCCUACACCUGCAGCGACUGCAACAAGAGCUUUACCUUCUCCAGCGCCCUCCGCCGGCACCAGCGGGUCCACACCGACGCCCGGCCCUUCCAGUGCUCCGCUUGCCUCAAGACCUUCAAGCAGCAGAGCUCCCUGAAGAGCCACCAGCGGACGCACUCGGGUGUUCGGUUCCCGUGUCUGCUGUGCAGCAAGAGCUUCAGCCGCGCCCUGGAGCUCAGCUACCACGUGGACAUGCACUCGGACACGCAGCCCUACUACUGCUGCCUGUGCCAGAAGAACCUGAGCGGGGCCCGUAUCUUCAGCAAGCACAUGAAGAAGCACCAGGCGGGUUCCUCAGACACGGAGAACCCAGAGGUUUGAAUCAAGUAUAGAACCAAGGCGAGGAGAGAACCAACAGGCGGAGAGAACCAAGGCGAGGAGAGAGGCAGAGCUGCUAUCAGGGUGUUGUUAGCCUAGCUUAGCAUAAAGAAUGGAAGCGUAGGGAAAUGCUAGCGUGUUGCAUCUUGAAACCUGAACUCAUGAGAGAACAUUUGAGAGUGAACACCACUUCCUGUCCACAUGAAGGUGCCCAGGACACUUGGAGGUGUUAUUUAUUCAUAGUAGAAAUCACUGAGACGGUCUUUGUGUUCAAUAAAGUGACGGAGACAAUAAA